AUGGAGAUGAAUAAGAACAGCACAUCCUUAGAGAAGGUUGAAGAUGAAAUGUGUAAUUUUGAGGAAGUAGAAAUGCGUUUGAUUGAACAAUUAAAAAAAGAUUUCAGUACAGAAGAAAAAGAAAUGAAACAGCACGAAGAGGCAUUAAUUAAACUUGGCGAACUGUAUAGAGAUCAAAGGAAAUUAAAUGAAUUAGCAGAAUUAAUUCAGAAAAGUCUUGUAUUUUUAAAAAACUUUGCAAAAGCAAAAACAGCAAAAAUUGUUCGGACAUUAAUUGAUUUAUUUUCUUCUGUCCCUAAUUCCCUAGAAUUUCAAAUAAAUGUUACAAAAGAAACUAUUGAUUGGGCUACCAAAAAUAAUCGAAUAUUUCUAAAAUUAUCACUAGAGACACGAAUUAUUGGGCUUUACAUGAAAGCGAAGCAAUAUUCUAAAGCUUUGCAGCUUGCAGAUGUUCUUUUAAUUGAACUUAAACGUCUUGAUGAUAAAUUUCAACUUGUCGAAGUAUAUUUACUUGAAUCGCAGAUAUAUCAUGCUAUCAAGAAUAUUCCUAAAGCAAGAGCAUCUCUGACAUCAGCAAAAACAUGUGCAAAUGCAAUUUACUGCCUUCCACACAUCCAAACGGGACUAGAUCUUCAAAGUGGCAUACUUCAUGCAGAAGAAAAAGAUUAUAACACUGCAUAUAGUUAUUUCUAUGAAGCAUUUGAAGGUUUUUCUGCUUCUUCAGAUCCACGCACAGUUCCAACGAUUAAAUAUUUAUUAUUGUGUAAAAUAAUGCUCAAUGCGAGUAAUGAUGUUCAAAGUUUCAUUAGCGGGAAAGUUGCACAGAAACAUGCAGGACGUGAUCUAGAUGCCAUGAGUGCAGUAGCUCGAGCACAUCAAAACCGAUCACUUGCUGAUUUUGAAAAAGCACUUCAUGAUUAUAAAAAUGAACUAAAGGAUGAUCCUAUCGUAUAUUCUCAUUUAACCGUUUUAUAUGAUACACUUUUAAAACAAAAUCUUUCUAAAAUCAUUGAACCCUUUAGUCGCGUUGAAUUAGAUCACAUUUCUAAACUAAUUGGAAUUUGUGUUAGCAAAAUAGAAGAAAAACUCAGUCAAAUGAUUCUCGAUAAAGUUUUUCAUGGUGUUCUUGAUCAAGGCACAGGUUGUUUAAUUAUAUUUGAUGAGCCUGAACAGGAUGCAACUUACAAUGCAGCAUUAGAUACCAUUAAACACAUGAAUACAGUCGUCGAUUUGCUUCAAGAAAAAGUUGCCAAAUUCCUAUAAAAAUGAUUUAAAUAUGUCUUUUCAUUUCAUGUACAUAAAUAUUUCAAUCAUAUUUCUACAUAUAAACA